GAAAUCUCUCGCCUCCGCAUAUGGUAUAGAAUUUUAAAAAGGGAUUGGAAUUUCUUGUUUGAAUCAAAACUCAAGAGCAAAUUUAGGUGUCUGCCUCUCUGCUCUCAUCCAUCAUCGACCAGGAGGGCUUCCAAAGCCCAAAAAAAAAUUUUUUCCCCGUUUUUGGAGGCCAUUUGCAUUAUCAUCCUCCAACACCCUUAUGGAUCGACCACCUCACAAUUAUGCAGCUGCUUCUGCCAUGGCCUAUGCCCAACAGCAGCGACAAGCACCCAAUAUUCAACAGCAACAGCAGUUUGGAUUUCAUCCCCAACAUCAACAGUUCCCUGCAGCAGUGCAUGGUCCUCCUUUCCUACCCCCACAUCCUUCUCAAUUCCCUUACCAUCCCCACAUGCAGCAGCAACCACAACUCCACCCUCAUCCCCCUCCCCACCCUCAACUUCUUCAUCUUCAGCAGCAACAGCAACCGCCACCUGCUUUCCCUUCACAUUUGCCUCCUCAUCUUGUGUCCUCGCCUUUCCAUGGCCUCUAUGAUUGUCCUCCACCCCAUGCUGCUCCCCCAUCGGACCCUGAGCUCCAGAAGCGUAUUGACAAGCUUGUUGAGUAUGCAACCAAGAAUGGCCCCGAAUUUGAAGCCAUGAUCUGUGAAAGGCAGCAAGAUAAUCCUGAUUACAGUUUCCUCUUUGGUGGAGAGGGAAAUGGUUACUACAGGUACAAACUUUGGUUAUCUACCCGUCCUCCAGGUGGCCCGUAUCCUUCCUUUCCACCCUCUUCUAUUCCUAUGAUGCAUCCUCCCCCAAAUCCCGUCAUGCACCCUUCUUCUCUGAGUGCACCUCCAAUGAGUGUCGUUGCUGCUGCUGCUGUUGGGGCUAUGGGCACUCCACAACUGCACCAACCUACAUUUCCAUCAUUUUUUGAUCAGCAGCACCACCAUCAGCAUCCUCAGCCUUUUGCUGCUCAUGGCCAAGCAGAGUAUGAUCAGUCCUUCAAAGGCCUGUCUGGUCCACUUCCCUCUGACGUUGCAAUGGAGCUUACUAACAUGCUUAACAAUCUAAAUGGUACCAAAGAGUCAAUCAAAAGUGCCAAGAUAUGGUUCAUGCAGAGGUCUCCAUUUGCUCCAGCUCUGGCUGAGGCACUUAGAGAUAGGGUAUUUGCUUUGGAUGAAUCGGAGAGGCAAUUGCACGUGAUUUAUCUUGCCAAUGACAUUCUUUUCGACAGUUUGCAGAGAAGGGUUGACCCUCAUGACCUCGAUAAUGAAGCCCUUGCAUUUAAACCUGUAAUAGGUUCCAUGCUUGCAAGAAUCUACCACUAUCCUCAAAACAAGGAGGAAAACCAGUCACGGUUACAAAAAAUUUUGCAGUUUUGGGCAUCCAAGGAAGUUUAUGAUCAAGAUGCUAUAUAUGCACUUGAGAGUGAGAUGAUGAGUGGACCACCAACUAUUUCUUUUCCUGGGCCUCCAAAAGAAUUAUCUGCUGCUUCAGUGGAGCCCUCAACACCUGCAGGAAUAUUACAGCAGACAGCAAACAAUAAUGUCUCCCUAUGGCAGCCUGACAAACAAAGUUCUAUUCCAAGUGUACUGGACCAAGAGUUUCCUGAUAAACAAGGGACCCCUGCCUUGCUACCAUCUCUGGCAAACAAGCAAUUUGUUCCAAAUUCAGGCCCUACUGGGGCUUGUCCAGGGUCUAUGCCCUUAAAUUCUAAUCUUCAGCCACCAAGCCAACAACAAGCAAAUAUUGGUGAAAAGUUGCCCCCAUAUCCACUUUUCCCACCUGGUCUUAUUCCUGGAAUGGUUAGAAAAAUGCAAAUUGGUAGUGGGGUGCCUUAUUCUCCCCUGAGUCCUUUGGAUAUCCCAACUGUUAUACCUCCAUCCAAUGUAUCACCAUCAGAAAUUCUUGAGAGAGUAUCAAAGUUUUUUAAAGAAAUUGGGGAGGUCAACCCUUCUGAAGGAUCCUUGAAAUCCGAUUCAAGAGAUGAAGACAAUGAAUAUGGUAUUGAAGCUCCUAUUCGUAAGGGUGGAGCUUGCAUCCCUCCACCCCCUAAUCUGCAGGUAGACCCAGAUACAGGAACUUAUGCUGAUGGAAGUGCAGAACGCAAACCAGGAUCCAGUGGCGCAGGAAGAUUAGGACUUGGAGCAACAGCUAAUACCAAUGAAGCAAGUCAAUAUGAUGAUGUUUAUACAUCUUACAGAAAACAGAGAAGCACCUCGUACCAUUCAUCCAUGAGUGCACGAGCUGCUACAAGGAACAAAGUAGUUAUAUGCUUCAGCAAUUGAAUAAGGUUGGAUCAGCUGGAAAGGGAUCAAGCAGUACUGCCACGAGCAGCAAAGGCUAUAAUCAAUUAUCCUCUUGGGCCAAUACUAGAGUUACAGUUACACCUUUGAGUGUUGAAACUUGAAAAUGCUAUGCCCAUGGAAGGCACAAGCAAUGGUGUUGUUAUAGAGCAGGUUAUGGAUGGUAUCAGAAUAACAAUAAGGUUGUCGUUGUAGAGACCACUGAAGUAAAUUUCCCUUGGUCGAAACAGGCCCAUUAGAUGACGGAAUUGAUCCAGUUUGCGUGGUUUUCUUGUACUUCAUUGACGAAUCUCUUCUGGGGACUGAAUCAGGCUAACUAGGCAUUCGGCCCUGCUUACUCUAAAUAUGUAGCCCAACAUGCGAUAAUUUCCAGCAGCACAGGCAGUCUGGCACUCUAGCACUAGCAAUGGUACUUAUUUCGUCUAUCGGAGGUCUCAAAGCCCAUCUCAUACGCGGGGAGAAUGAUGUGAACAUAUAUUCGAGUUAUAGGGAAACAGAGUCAAAAACUAAGAACAGGAAACAGCAGCACCAACAGAAUCAAGCACACUAGUUUCACCCUCCAAAUAUCAAAAUGCUUUGAACAUAAUAAUUUUUCUCUCUUUAAGUCUCGGUUAAUUUUCAACA